GGAUCUGACCGGCAACCAGAUUUGGACACCAUGCUUUACCAACAAAGUUUUCAUCUUUAAGAAAACCCAAGUCAUUUUCAUCCACACACACACUCUCUAGUAAACAUGGUUCUUUUUCUACUUCGGUGGUUUUUCUUCUUCUUCUUCACUACCCAUCACGCAAAUGCCCUCAAUGCUACGAUUCCGAACGACGCAUUGUCUCUUCUCAGCUUCAAACGCUUUGUCUCUUCCGACCCUUUGAACCUUCUCUCUGCCUGGAGCAACCGAACUUCUUCCAAUUUCUGCCACUGGCACGGCGUCGCGUGCGGCGGCGCAAGCCUCUCCGGCAGAGUAACUGCCUUGAGUGUGACGGGUCUUCGCGGCGGCGAGUUGGCUCCUUCCGUCGGAAACAUGUCAGAGCUUCGAGUCCUGUCCCUCGCCGGAAACAUGUUUUCCGGCGAGAUUCCCGCGAGCAUUGGAAAUCUCCGGUUUCUCGAGGUUCUUGAGCUGCAAGGAAACAACUUUUCGGGGAGAGUUCUCAACCAGAUGAGUUUUCUUAAAUCUCUUCGCGUUGUUAAUCUCUCUGGUAAUGCCUUUUCAGGUUCAAUACCAAGUGAAUUUAUUGGCUUUGGGAGUGUGAAAAUCGUUGAUUUAUCGAAUAAUCAGUUUUCUGGGGAGAUUCCAGUGAGUGGUUUGAGUGGUUGUGAUUCCUUGAACCAUUUGAAGUUGUCACAUAACUUUCUCACUGGGGAGAUUCCACCCCAAAUUGGGAAAUGCAGAAAUUUGAGGACCCUUUUGGUUGAUGGGAAUAUAUUGGAAGGUAGGAUCCCUCCUGAGAUUGGGUAUGCUGUUGAACUAAGAGUUCUGGAUGUUUCUAGAAAUAGUCUCACUGGAAGGAUUCCCAAGGAGUUGGCUAAUUGUUUGAAAUUGUCUGUGCUUGUGGUCACUGAUCUGUUUGAGGAUCGUAACGAGGGAAGCUUGGAGGAUAGCUUUAGAGGAGAGUUCAAUGCCUUUGUUGGGAAUAUUCCUCAUGAAGUUUUGUUGCUUUCGAGUCUGCGGGUUUUGUGGGCGCCGAGGGCAAAUCUUGGUGGACGGUUGCCUAGUGGCUGGACAGAUUCAUGCUCUCUGAGGGUACUCAAUUUGGCACAGAAUUAUGUUUCCGGUGUUGUGCCCAAGAGUUUGGGGAUGUGUAGGAAUUUGACUUUCUUGGACUUGAGUUCUAACAAUUUAGGUGGAUAUCUGCCUUCACUUCAGCUUCAGGUUCCUUGUAUGAUGUACUUCAAUGUCAGCAGGAAUAAUAUGUCUGGCAUUGUUCCAGGAUUCAGGAAAGAAAGUUGUCAUAUGAGUAGUGCUCCUGCUGCACUGGACUCUUUAUUCCUAAGAUUGGAUGGUUUUAAUGAAGCAUACUUUAGUAUUCCUGUUUGGAGAUUUCAAAAGAAUGCUCUCAUUGAUUUGGAUUUUAAAGAUACUAAUGUUGUCAGCCAUGAUUUCAGUUGGAACAGUUUCGUGGGAUCCUUGCCUUUGUUCUUUCUUGGAGAUAAUCUUUUUGCUGCAAAUCAGAACGUCUCCUACAUGCUGUCUCUCAAUAAUAAUAAGUUCAAUGGAACUCUACCGUAUCAGCUAGUUUCAAACUGUAACGACCUCAAGACAUUGUCUGUUAACUUGAGUGUGAACCAACUUUCCAAUGGGAAUUCCCAAGCAUCAUUUUUGGAGUGCCUGAAGUUGACAGAUUUUGAAGCAGCAUACAACCAGAUUGAUGGGUCAAUUGGUCCUGGUAUAGGUGACUCAAUGAUGCUUCAGCGUCUUGAUUUAAGUGGGAACAAACUAUCUGGGUCACUCCCUAAUCAGUUGGGAAACCUACAAAACAUGAAAUGGAUGCUUCUGGGAGGAAACAAUCUAACAGGGGAAAUUCCUUCCCAACUUGGUCAAUUGAAUUCCCUUACCGUUUUGAAUCUUUCUCACAAUGAUCUAGUUGGAACUAUUCCACCAAGUUUGGCAAAUGCCAAAAGCCUUGAAAUUAUGUUGCUAGAUCACAACAACCUUUCUGGUGAAAUACCUCUACCUUUUUCUACACUUUAUAAUCUUGUUCAACUGGAUGUUUCUUUCAACAAUCUUUCUGGUCAUAUUCCUCAUCUUCAACACCCAAGUGAUUGUGAUUCUUAUAAAGGAAAUGAACACCUGCACUCUUGUCCUGAUCCAUAUUCUGAGCCACCUGCUUCUCUUCCUGUGCCCCUUGAAAUUCAGCAUUUGCAUAAACGGAGGAAAUUAAGAACAUUGGUUAUUGCUGUGGUCACUUCAGCUUCUGUGGCUCUCUGCACACUUCUGGGAAUAGUACUAGUGAUCUUUUCUGGAAGGAGUAAACUUGGUCGGCUUAGCAGCAUUAGAAGGCGACAGGUAGUGACUUUUCAAGAUGUUCCAAUAGAAUUGAGUUAUGACAGUGUAGCCACUGCUACAGGAAAUUUCAGCAUCCGGUAUCUAAUUGGCACUGGUGGCUUUGGGUCAACAUACAAGGCAGAACUGUCCCCUGGGUUUCUUGUUGCCAUAAAGAGGUUGUCCAUAGGUAGAUUUCAAGGAAUUCAACAAUUUGAGACAGAAAUAAGGACAUUAGGGAGAAUUCGACACAAGAAUCUUGUGACUCUUAUUGGUUAUUAUGUGGGAAAGACUGAAAUGUUCUUAAUUUACAAUUAUCUUUCUGGUGGCAACCUUGAAGCUUUCAUACACGACAGGUCAGGAAAAAAUGUGCAGUGGCCAGUUAUUUACAAAGUAGCAAAAGACAUAGCCGAGGCCCUUGCUUACCUUCAUUACUCUUGUGUUCCUCGCAUAGUUCACCGGGAUAUCAAACCUAGCAACAUCUUACUUGAUGAUGAUCUUAAUGCCUACCUGUCUGAUUUUGGCUUGGCUCGACUGCUUGAGGUAUCUGAAACCCAUGCCACCACUGAUGUGGCAGGCACAUUUGGUUAUGUUGCACCAGAAUAUGCCACCACUUGCAGGGUUUCGGACAAAGCAGAUGUUUACAGCUUUGGUGUAGUGUUACUAGAAUUGGUGUCUGGAAGAAAGUCACUUGAUCCAUCAUUUUCUGAAUAUGGAAAUGGAUUCAAUAUUGUUCCAUGGGCUGAGCUGUUAAUGACUGAAGGUCGUUGUUCCGAGCUAUUUUCAUCUGUGCUGUGGGAAGCUGGGCCUAAGGAAAAGUUAUUGGGGCUUUUAAAGCUUGCAUUAACAUGCACAGAAGAGACACUUUCUAUUCGACCAUCAAUGAAACAGGUUCUUGAGAAAUUGAAACAAUUGAAAAGUUGAAAACUUUCUGGUAGUCAUACUGAACAGCAAUGGAGUGCUGCUUUUGUCCGCUGGAAAAUAUUUCAAUGAGGUGACAGAUGACUUGCAAAAUUUUACACGUUCAGCAACUGCAAAGCUUAUCAUGAUCACUUUAUUUAUUGCCACUAGGAAUCCUAUCACAGUGGCAAACACAUGAGCUGUUCCUGUUACUACAAAGCUUGUAUUGUUGCCUCUUUCACAUUUGUGCCAACAAUUUUCACAUCAUCUCAAGAUUCACGGUUUUUUACGCGACCGCAUGGGACCUAUGAAAGAUCCAAAGUUCUUUAUUGACGUAGUAACAAAGCAUUUGUCAUUAUUCUGCAGAGAAAUAUGCCAAAAUUGCAAGUCCUCUUUGUCAAAAUUUACCAAAUGGUGUAAAUAUUAGUCGUUCUUAUUGAUGUAAACCUUGCAAGAAUCUUAGCGAGGAGAAUAGGGUGUUUCUCUACAUUUUGAUUGAUUUUUUUUUUUACUAACAUGUAAAUAUAAAAGU